CAUGUUUAUUUCUAGCAGUGCACAAGUGAUAAAGUCGGUGUGAUAUUUUGAGGCAAAUUUACACGCUUUUCCCACUGCAAAGCCACCCUCGGCGAACCUCAUCCACCCCCUGGUCCUCCACAAACGCGAUGUGGCCUGUUGUGCUGGGAUUCUUGCGCUCGAACGCUGUGUACAUCACGCUGCCGGUCGCAGCUGUCAUCGGCUUCGUGGGCUACAAUUUGGAGAACCUUCUGUCGGACAAAUACACGCCGUACAGCAAGUCCAUCCAAGAGAACCGCGCCGAGCGCCUGACUGACGACGGGAGGCUGCAAAAUGCGGAAAAUGUGGAAAAACUCCGACUGCGUGAGGAUGUUCUUGAGAGGAAUUUAUCACCGUCAUUACGUAAAUAAAUUGCGCCCUGAUAUUGUGUAUAUAGCGUAAUAAAAGGAUACUGUAUAGAA